GAAUCCCCUACUGGAUCAAGAGCCUUGCUGGCUAAUAUUAGUUUUGUGCAUGCAGCAAACUGUGUAGCAUUUUUGAGUUACUUGUAUACUUGUAUAGUUUAGGUCAGAAACUGUACAAAAUGUUUGCAAUGCGCUCGUUAGCAUUUAGUUAGCAUUCUCUGUGAGGAUUCCUUAGUACUUGUUAGCAUUUUGUUAGCAUUCUGGUAAGUCACGUUUUUUGGCCUUUGAAUAUUAGUACUUUUUAAAUAAAUACUUGCAGUCAACUUGUGCACUAGGUAAUAGAUAAAGCAGAUCGCGUUCAUUAUUUCGCCCAUUAGGUAAUUUGUCAUUAUGAUGCUUUUUCAUUAUGAAGCUUACCGGUACUAGUUUCCCAAAACAGCGGUUUGAGCCAGUCACAUGCGUUUGUUUACAAAGAAGCACAAUUAGCUAAAUGGGAGCUUUGUGAGGUGAGUCACUCCUGCAGUGAAACUUCAGUGAAAUGAUCAAGUUGUAUUAAAUUCACUACUAAUAUUUGCCAGCUAUAUAUAUUCUAACUAAUAAGUUAACUAUCUAAAAUGUGCCAAAUAAAUUCUCUCCAUCUGGGUUUUGCUAACUUGCUAAUGUUAGCUAAGUGACUAACGUUAGCGUGCGUUUUGAGAUACUUGCAUAACUAUGAGCUGGAUUGUCUGGCCUAGUAGUAAAUGUUGGCAUGCGCUCGUUAGCAUUUACCUAACAUUGUUAGCAUUUACCUAGCAUUGUUAGCAUUUUGGUAGCAUUCUGGUAAGUGACGUUUUUUGGGGAUUUUCUUCCUUUGAAAAAAAAAAUAGCGCCCCUUGUGUGCACUACCGGUAAUACCGUAUAUACCGGGACGGCAAAGGCACGGUAUGAAGGUAUGGAAAUCUGGAUACCACCCAACCCUAGAUGCCACCCCUCCAUACCUCCACCCCUCCCAUCCUUUCAUCCCCAUAAGAGAGGUGAGACCACACAACACACACAACACACACAGCCAGCAUAGUACUGGGCGUACCUUGAAAUGGGCCCUUGUGUUCCUAUGUGCAGUGUAUCAUCACACCGGUGUGACCUUCUCCAGUUAUUACAGAAUGUACAUUAUACUAGCAGAACGUUUAUUUACGUGAAGAUGGUGUUGUACAAAGGCUAGCAUGGCUGCAGAACUUAGCACGAAGGAGGAGCCAGUUCCACCGCAUUUUCUCCCAUAGCCCCCCCUCUAAUCAGGGACUGAUUUAGACCUGGGACACCAGGUGGGUGCAAUAAUGAUCAGGUAGAACAGAAAAGCUGUCAAGUCUACACCCUGCUCCCUCCGGCGUACGAUGUUUCCGGAAUACUAACCGCCGGUCCUGGGAUUUAUCAUUACGCACACCUGGCGUUCCAUCAUUACGCGCACCUGCAGAUCAUUAUGAUUCACACCUGGACUCCAUUGCCUUCCUCAUUACCUCCCCUUUAUCUGUCCCUCCCUCACGUUCAUUCCUCAGUCGGUAUUGUUUCCGUGUCCGUGCUAUAUCGCCACGGUUACGCUGGUCUCGGUUCACGUUUGUUGUUUUAUUAAACGUUUCACCUGCACCUGCUUCUCGACGCACAGCGUCGUUGUUACAAAAAGCAGCAGUAAUCAAGACCUCGUAGGGUAACAUUUGAAUGCCCCUGGGCAAGGCCAUGGAACAGUAGUGUAUUUAUUUGCAUGUUAUGACAGAGAGAAGAACUGCGUAACUCAGCCUCAGGUACCCAAAUUACUAGGACAGUAUAUUUGCAUAUUACUAGAGGGAAGACGUUUUACUGACAUAGCUGAGUAGAUCUGUUGAUACAGUGUUUAAAAACUGUACAGGCCUGUUCUGGCUGCAGCCGCCUCUCUCUCCCCCUCUCUCUCCCAAGUCACCCUCUGUUGACUCGUCGAACGUCUCAUUCCGCAAUCAUGGCCAUUAAUAUGGAGUUGGUCCACCCUUUGCUGCUAUAACAGCCUCCACUCUUCUGGGAAGGCUUUCCACUAGAUGUUGGAACAUUGCUGUGGGGACUUGCUUCCAUUCAGCCACAACAGCAUUAGUGAGGUCAGGGUUCUGUGCAGGACAGUCAAGUUCUUCCACACCAAUCUCGACAAACCAUUUCUGUAUGGACCUUGCCUUGUGCACGGGGGCAUUGUCAUGCUGAAACAGGAAAGGACCUUCCCCAAACUGCUGCCACAAAGUUGGAAGCACAGAACCGUCUAGAAUGUCAUUGUAUGCUGUAACGUUAAGAUUUCCCUUCACUGGAACUAAGGGGCCUAGUCCGAAUCAUGAAAAACAGCCCCAGACCAUUAUUCCUCCUCCAACAAACUUUACAGUCGGCACUAUGCAUUGGGGCAGGUAGCUUUCUCCUGGCAUCCACCAAACCCAGAUUCGUCCGUGAUUCUUCACUCCUGAGAACACGUUUCCACUGCUCCAGAGUCCAAUGGCGGCGAGCUUUACACCACUCCAGCCGAUGCUUGGCAUUGCGCAUGGUGAUCUUAGGCUUUGACGAAAUUUGACGAACUGACUUGUUGGAAAGGUGGCAUUCUAUGUCGCUGCCACAUUGAAAGUCACUAAGCUCAUCAGUACGGGCCAUUCGACUGCCAAUGUUUGUCUAUGGAGAUUGCAUGGCGGUGUGCUCAAUUUUAUACACCUGACAGCAACGGUUGUGGCUGAAAUAGCUAAAUCCACUAAUGAAACACAUGUAGUGUUUGAAGGCCAUGUAGUGUAUUUCUCCCUCCUGACAAAUAUAUAUUAUAUUGUCUCACCCUAAAGACAGCUACUACACACACUCACCCUAAAGACAGCGACCACAAACACUCACCCUAAAGACAGCUACCAUACACACUCACCCUAAAGACUGCGACCACACACACUCAACCUAAAGACAGCUACUACACACACUCACCCUAAAGACAGCGACCACACACACUCACCCUAUAGACAGCGACCACACACACUCACCCUAAAGACAGCUACCAUACACACUCACCCUAAAGACAGCUACUACACACACUCACCCUAAAGACAGCGACCACACACACUCAACCUAAAGACAGCUACCAUACACACUCACCCUAAAGAUAGCUACUACACACACUCACCCUAAAGACAGCUACCAUACACACUCACCCUAAAGACAGCUACUACACACACUCACCCUAAAGACAGCUACUACACAUACUCAACCUUAAGACAGCUACUACACACACUCACCCUAAAGACAGCUACUACACACACUCACCCUAAAGACAGCUACUACACACACUCAACCUAAAGACAGCUACUACACACACUCACCCUAAAGACAGCUACUACACACACUCACCCUAGACAGCUACUACACACAGUCACCCUAAAGACAGCUACCACACACACACUCACCCUAAAGACAGCUACUACACACAUUCACCCUAAAGACAGCUACCACACACACACUCACCCUAAAGACAGCUACUACACAUACUCAACCUAAAGAUAGCUACCAUACACACUCACCCUAAAGACAGCUACUACACACACUCACCCUAAAGACAGCUACUACACACACUCAACCUAAAGACAGCUACUACACACACUCAACCUAAAGACAGCUACUACACACACUCACCCUAGACAGCUACUACACACACUCAUCCUAAAGACAGCUACCACACACACACUCACCCUAAAGACAGAUACCACACACACACUCAACCUAAAGACAGCUACUACACACACACCCUAAAGACAGCUACUACACACACUCACCCUAGACAGCUACUACACACAUUCACCCUAAAGACAGCUACUACACACACUCACCCUAAAUACAGCUACCAUACACACUCACCCUAAAGACAGCUACUACACACACUCACCCUAAAGACAGCUACUACACACACUCACCCUAAACACAGCUACCAUACACACUCACCCUAAAGACAGCUACUACACACACUCACCCUAAAGACAGCUACUACACAUACUCACCCUAAAGACAGCUACUACACACACUCACCCUAAAGACAGCUACUACACAUACUCACCCUAAAGACAGCUACUACACACAGUCACCCUAAAGACAGUUACUACACACAGUCACACUAAAGACUUCUGUUCUCUAAUGUUCUCUAGUGUUCUCUAAUGUUCUCUACUGUUCUGUAAUGUUCUCUAGUGUUCUUUAGUGUUCUCUAUUGGUCUCUACUGUUCUGUUGUUCUGUACUGUUCUCUAGUGUUCUGUACUGUUCUCAGGGGCAGAUGUAGGGAUAAUAUAUGAAUGGGUUAGGCUUAGCACUGGGGAAGACUUACAGUUAGAGUUGUGUUUGUUUUGGGGUGGAGAGAGACGGAUAAAACUACAUUCUGUGGGUUAUGUGAUGUAAUGGACUGAAUUAUGUUAUUUAGCAGUAUAAAGACAGCCAUUGUGUGGAUAUCAGACCUGGGUUCAAAUACUAUUUCAAACAUCCAAUUAUUUUCACAUACAUUCCCGAAGUAAGUAUUCAGAUAUAUUUUAUUUGAAAAGACAAGUAGUCGAAAAUUGUAAUGUAUUUGGAAAAACACUUAAAAAGUAUAUGAACAAUUUAAAUACACUGGCUCAAAUACACUCCCAUGCAUUUACCCAGGAAUUUGGAAAUAGUAUUUGAAAUAAGUAUUUGAAAAUCCUCUUAAAUGCAAUGAAUAUUUGGUUUUUACAAAUAACCAUUAAAAUACAAAAAAAAAGUACUUGUUUUGGGCUGUGUAUUUGAAAAUACCCAAAUACACAGAAAAAGUUUUUUUUAUACCAGAUACUCAGAUACACAUGUAUUUCAACCCAGGUCAGGUGGAUACAUGUCAGCCCAGAGGGUAACACUUAUGUUAUAGAAUGUGGUCUGUAGUGACAGUUGACAUUAACAUUCCCUUUUCUCUCUCUCUCUCUCUCUCUCUCUCUCUCUGUCUCUCUCUCUGUCUCUCUCUCUGUCUCUCUCUCUCUCUCUCACGCUCUCUCUCUCUCUCACGCUCUCUCUCUCUCUCUCUCUCUCUCUGUCUCUGUCUCUGUCUCUCUCUGUCUCUCUCUCUCUGUCUCUCUCUCUCUCUCUCUCUCUCUCUCUCUUUCAGUUCUUCUGCGAGCGGUGACAGGUAACUUCCACCGCGCCUCUCCUCUCGCCCCGUCCGGCACCGUCGCCUCGUCCUCCAUGGAAUACCUGGAGAUCCACCCCCUCUUCCCCCGCACGCCACAGCCAAUCAGGCGCCUCGAAACUCUCCAGGCGGCCAAUACCAGCCCGGACCACAUCCCCGCCCCCCCUGCUCCCUCUCCAAUCGGCAUGCACUCCUACGACUCCCUCUCCAAAGCCGAGCCAAUCGACGACGUUGUGGUUCCUGCCUCGGCCACGCCCUGGUACAAACUGACCAAUGGGACCUUCUCUCCUCCGCGACACGUCUCCGCCUUUCACCCUGACUCCUCCUACUUAAAAAAGGCGACCAUCCCCAGCCCCCCUGUGCUCAUCGUCAACCCCCAGCCCAAAAAGUCCUCCUUUAACUCGGGUGACUGGUUUGGGUCAGACACCAGCGGUAGCCCCCCCAGCACCUUCGGCAGCCCCCCAGGAGGUUCAGCCUUCUCCCCGCCCAAAUCAGCAUUCUCCCCGCUUAACCCGUCAUCUGCGUUUAGUCCGCCAUCCUCCGGGGGCAACGUUGAGCCAGACAGCCCCCAUCACCGCGGCAGUAAGUUCCCUUCUAUGGGCAUCGGCCAGAUCCUGAAGAAGAAGGUCCCCUUCCAGCCAUUCAGUUUCAGGGCGGAGCAAGCGGUGGAGGAGGAUCUGGUGUCGCCGCCCCCCUACCACAUGCAGACGCUGCUCUGCGCCUCCGGGGCACUUAAGACCCUCUGCUGA